CAGACUGGUACAUUUCACAGAGGAGGACGGCUCACUCACAUCUCACAGCUGUUUGAAGGGAAAAAACGGAUUAAGGAGAAGGCAAGAAACACUCGACUCCAUGUUCUCUCCUUCUCUGUAAACGGCGGAUAAUCUGUACUCCUCACUGGAAACAAAGCCACACCAACCAGAUGCGGCUCUCACUUUAUCUACGGCUGCAGCUGUGUAGGUGGAGGCAUUAUCUGCUGUCGCACUGUUGAUAAAAACCGCCAGAGUAAAGCUCACAGGGAUUACAUUUAGAAGCAGCAUCAGAAGUGUUUUAUCCUCACCACAGCGACGACACGAAGAUCGUUUCCGAAGUGAGAUGCACCAUUUGGAGGAGUGAGCUUCGACACUUGGCCCGCUGCUGCUGCUGCUGCUGCUGUUGCCUUGGCUUCAAUAUGGGAGACUGAAGCAGGUUCUGGCAGCCAUGAAGAUGCCGACAUGUUGUGUUGAGCUGGGAAUACCUGCAUCCACAACAUCAUGUUCAGCAUGAGCUCACCAGCGAUGAUGCCUGUUCACCCUGGGGAAGAAUGGUUCACUCCGCUACUGUUCCCCUUCCAGAGGCAGGGGACAUUGAAGCCAGUCUCUGCUGCCUCGUUACGGGGCUGCUGAACCUUUCCGCGAGGCCACUGAUGGAGAACAUCUCCAUGGCAAACGUUUCCCUUGGUUCCCGGUCGCCCCCGGAGCCGGUCACACCGACGGCGGAUCCCCCGGAGAGCCUGCAAGGUGUCGGCCUACCUCUGCAGGUCUUCUUCUGCUUCGUCAUGGUGGCCAUCCUGCUGGUGGCUCUAUUGGGAAACGUGGUGGUGUGCCUGAUGGUUUACCAGAGAUCCGCCAUGCGCUCGGCCAUCAACAUCCUCCUGGCGAGCCUGGCGUUUGCAGACAUGAUGCUGGCCAUCCUGAACAUGCCAUUCGCUCUGGUUACUGUCGUGACCACCAACUGGAUUUUCGGGGACGUUUUCUGUCGAGUUUCGGCCAUGCUCUUUUGGUUCUUUGUGAUGGAGGGCGUGGCUAUACUGCUUAUAAUAAGCAUAGAUCGCUUUCUUAUUAUUGUCCAGAAGCAAGAUAAGCUGAGCCCACAGAGAGCUAAAGUGCUAAUCGUGGUCACAUGGGGACUCUCUUUUAUUUUUUCUUUCCCUCUAGCUGUUGGUUCCCCUCCCCUACAGAUCCCUCCCAGGGCCCCUCAGUGUGUGUUUGGCUACAGCAUUGAGCCUGGUUACCACGCAUAUGUAUUGAUAAUAAUGCUAGUCUUCUUCUUCAUACCUUUCAUGGUCAUGCUGUACACAUUCAUGGGAAUCCUGAACACCAUCCGCCACAACGCCAUCCGCAUCCACAGCCACCCGGACAGCAUCUGUCUGAGCCAGGCCAGCAAACUGGGUCUGCUGAGCCUCCAGAGGCCCUUCCAAAUGAACAUAGACAUGAGCUUCAAGACCCGUGCCUUCACCACCAUCCUCAUCCUCUUCUCCGUGUUUACAGUGUGCUGGGCACCCUUCACUGCCUACAGUCUGGUAACUACCUUCAGUGAUGGCUUCUACCACAAAGACAGCUUUUUUCAAGUGAGUACAUGGGUCCUGUGGUUGUGCUACCUCAAGUCAGCCCUCAACCCUCUCAUUUACUACUGGCGGAUCAAGAAGUUCCGCGAUGCCUGCCUCGAUCUGAUGCCCAAGUACUUCAAGUUUCUUCCUCAGCUGCCAGGCAACACCAAGAGGCGCAUACAGCCGAGCGCUGUGUACGUGUGCGGGGAGCAUCGCUCUGUGGUUUAAAGGGGCAAUCCACCCUUAAACACUUUUACACUGUUAAAAAAAACAUCUACUGACAUGAUG